AAACUCAUCAAACCAACAUCAUGGGUACAGCUCAUGUAUUGGAAGCCGUAAGACAUUGCCAAAGUGUUAGAGCGGUGGUGGUGGUUACCACCGAUAAAUGCUAUGAUAACAAAGAACAAGCCCAAGGGUAUAUAGAAACCGAUUCUAUGGGGGGAUUUGACCCCUACAGCAGCUCCAAAGGGGCUGCAGAAUUGGUGACGGCCUCUUAUCGAAAUUCAUUCUUUAAUAUUGACAAUUACAACAAAACCCAUCAGGUUUUGUUGGCUUCGGCGCGCGCUGGGAACGUGAUUGGUGGCGGAGAUUGGAGCGAAGAUCGGCUCAUUCCCGAUAUUGUACAA